AUGACUAAGCUGGGCGAUAUCGACGUCUACAUAACCAAACCCAGUGACUACCCCCACUCACCCUCCAAGCUCCUUCUCUUCCUCACCGGCGGCACCGGCAUCCACUCGACCAACAACCAGCUCCAAGCCGACAAGUACGCCGCCGAAGGCUUCCUCGUCGUAAUGCCGGACCAGUUCGCUGGCGACCCAGCUCCUAACUCCAGUACCGAGCUUCCCUCCCCAGACCAGAACACCUCCUGGAUUGAAACUGUCAAACUCCGUGCUGCAGAGACCGCCAAGUCUUUCGUGAUUGAUAUGUGGCUCGCUCGGCAUACACCAGAGAAGGUUCUUCCGCUUCUGCACGCCGUCCUCAGUAACGCUAAGGAUGAGUUUGCCGAUGCGGUUGCGAAUGGUGGUGGUGUCUAUGCUGUGGGCUACUGUUUUGGCGCCAAGUACGUCCUUCUGCUGGCUGGCGAGCACACGGAUACGAAGCUGUGGGGUCAGCCCAAGCCGGAGGACGAGGAGGCUGGAAACGUGAAGCAGGGGCCGCUGAUCAAGGCUGGGGCCAUUGCUCAUGGCACCAUGGUCACCAAAGAGGAUAUCACAGCAGUCAAGGUGCCGGUAUGCAUGGUCUGUGUGGAGAACGAUAGCCUCUUUCCGGAUGAAGUCCGGGAGGCUGGGAAGGGAGCCCUAGAGAAAGCCGGCGUUGAGCACGAGAUUGAAGUUUAUCCCAGCGUUCCCCACGGCUUCGCGGUAUUUGGCGAUUACGAGGACCAGAAGAUUAGGGACGCCCAGAAGCGGGCUUUCGGGCAGAUGCUGGGUUGGCUUCAGGCGCAUUGA